AUGAAUAAGGACAUUGAAGAAAAAAUAAGGGAGAGAAUCAGAUUAUAAUAUCCAUUUCCUCCAUAUGAAUCCUAACUUGAUUUAUCUAAAGAUAUCUAUAUGAGUUUAGCAUAAGGAAUAAAAGUAUAAAUUAAUAUGAAUAUAAAAAAAGGUUUCCAUUUUUGAAUCUCCAACAGGAACAGGAAAAAGUUAUGCUUUAAUUGAAGGAGCUUUAAAUUAUUUAGAUGAUAUAAAGUCAAACACAUUAAUUAAAGUAAAAUAGAAAUGUUAAAUUGAUAAUGAUAUGCCAGAUUGGUUUAAUGAACCUGAUGUUGAUUUAAAACUAAAUCCUUUAAAAAAACCUAAUAUUAAUGGUAUAUUAGAUUUUUGAUAUAGAAAAUAAAUAAUAGAAAAAACAUGUUAAGUUGAUAGAUGAUGAUGCUUUAUUUGACUAUUCAAGUAGUGAAGAAACCAAGAUUAAUUUGAGAGGAUAAUCAUUGAAUGAUAAGAUUAUCUAUUGUAGUCGUACUCAUUCUUAAUUAAAAUAAUUUAUUAAUGAAAUAAGAAGAUCUAAACACAAAGUUAGAGUUUCAACAAUUGGUUCAAGGUAACAUCUAUGUGUAAAUUAAUCAAUAUUAAGUAAAGCAAAUAAUAAUGUAAAUAAAUUAAAUCAUCUUUGUAAAAGUCAUAAAAAAUAAUGUUCUUAUUACAAGUCUUUAGAUACUUUGGAAUAAUAUACACAAGAAAUAUUUGACAUAAAUGAUUUACUCACUGUAAGUAAGAAAUGUUAAUCUUGUCCUUAUUAUGCAGCAAAAGAAUUAUCAUUACAAGCAGAUAUUAUUUGUACUCCAUAUUAGUUAUUGAUGGAAUCAAUAGAUUAAUAUAUUGAACCUAUAAUUAUUGUAGAUGAAGCUCAUAAUUUUGGUUCAGCUCUUUUGUAAACUGAAUCUUGUGAAAUAUCUUUAAAUUAAUUAAAUAUAAUAGUUGGAGGUAUUGAUGAUUAUAGAAAAAAGUAUCAUUAAAGAGUUAAAGCUAAAACUUUAUAUUAUUUGAAUUAAUUAUUGCAAAUAUGUAAAUCUUUAAUAGAUAAAAUUAAAACAAAGUAAAGUGGGAAUCUUAUAACUUUAAUUGAUUUUAUGGUAGAAAUAGGUAUUCCUAAACUUAACAUCAUAAAAUUAAUAAAAUUUGUUUAAAAUAAAGAUAUGAGACAAAGAAUUAAUGGAUUUAUUGAUUCAUCAUAAAAUGUUACACAUUAUUCUAGUUUUGAAUGUUUUUGUAAAUUUAUUUCAUAAUUAAUUCUCACAUCCUAAAAAGAAUCUAUUUUAUAUAUUGAGAAAUCAAAUACUAUGAAAUUAUCUAAAAUAAAUAAUUAUUCAAGUUUUUAAACUUUGAUUGAUAAAUCAAGAAAUUUAGUUUUUUUAGGUGGAACCUUAUAACCAUUAAAUGAAUUUGAAAUAUUUAAAGAAAAAGUAGAUACUAAUGAAUUUAUUUUUAAAGAAUAUCCUCAUAUCAUAUCAAAAGAUAGAUGUUAAUUAUUAAUUAUAAAUGCUUAAUUAGAUUAUUCAUUUAAGUAAAAGAAUGAAAAUUUGAAUUAACUUAUGAAUUAAACAAAUUCAUUAAUUUUAGAUAUAGAAAAAUGUAUUCCAGAAGGAAUAGUUAUAUUUAUGUAAACUUAUACUUUUUUAGAGUAAUUUAAAUAAUAUACAAAAGUAAAUAAUCUAUAAUUUAAAAAAUAAGUAUUUUUUGAUGAAAAAUAAAAUUCUUAAAUUUUGGAUAAAUAUUCUGAAGUUGCUAAAAAAGGUGCCAUUUUAUUAUCAGUUGUUGGUGGUUCAUUAUCAGAAGGAAUUAAUUUUUCUGAUCAUUUGGCUAGAGCUGUAAUUAUUUUUGGAGUUCCAUAUCCAAAUUUAGAUAGUUUUGAAUUAAAAGAAUAAAUUAACAUAAAUGGUAAUUAAUAUUAUGAUAAUAUAACAAUGAGAGCUGUUAAUUAAUGUAUUGGAAGAGUAAUUAGACAUAAAAAUGAUUAUGGUCUACUAUUCUUAAUAGACAAAAGAUUUUCAGAAGAUAAAUUAAGAACCAAAUUUUCAACUUGGUUAUAGAAUAGAAUCACAAUUCAAAAUGAUUUUAAAGAAACUAAUUUUUUUGAAUCAUUUAAACAAAUACUCUGA